AUGAAGUCGCCUGCCUUUGCGACGAUUGUCGCCUUUGCCCUCGGCACCGCAGCCGUUCUGGCUCAGGGCGAUCCAGCGCCGAAACCUCCCAGCUCUCGGCUCCGUGUGAUUCUCAACCCCGCCCGCGUCCGGGCCCUUGACGAGCCUGACUUCAAGCUGUGGACCAUUACCGGCGAGCCCAAGAGCGUCUCUACCACCUUUGGCGACACUUCUAUCACUGUCGCUGCCGCCAACUCCACCAUCGCGGGCGCGUCCUACAAGUGGCACUACACUCGCCGCGUAGCGCCGUUAGGUGAGAGGGUCGUGGCCCAGGGCAUAUCGACGAACACCGACGAUGCGGGCAACAAGCCUAUGACCAUUUCCAUUACGGGACUUCCAGCCGGCGAGCACUCGCUGCUUACCUGGCACAACGCUUGGGACAGCCUGAAGGCAGUCGCAUCUCUGACCGUGAAGGUCAACGGCGAGGAUGCGGAGACGCUUGCCCAAUCAGUGCGCGUGGACAACAUCUGGGAAUCUGCUCAUUCUUUCGUUCAAUUCACUGUUUCUGGUGCAAACGAUACAACCAACAUUGAGUUCAUACCUGCCGGCGCCGACGGCCGUGUCUUCCUCAACGGCUUCGAAAUAGAUACUCCCGACAUCGACAACGUCGUCAGUUUCCCGGAACCGAACAAUCGCGACGAGCGUGUCCAGCUCGAGGGCGGUGACACUUAUGAGGCAUCCUGGCGGGCCCCCGAUGCCAAAUCACCAAAAUACAAUGUCUACAUCGGCACGUCACCUACAGAGCUGAGGAGCUUGGCCUUGGGUCUGGACAAGACAUCGACCACGCUUGACGGUCUUGACGUCUUCGGAACGUUCUAUUGGCGCGUGGAUGUCGUUCAAGGGGGCGAGACCUACAUCGGUCACGCUUUCAUGCUACGUGGCGCACAGUUGGCGUUCCCUGGAGCUGAGGGUUACGGCCGUUUCGCUCGAGGCGGUCGCGGUGGUCGAGUCAUCCAUGUCAACAGCCUUGAGGAUAGCGAAGAGGAGGGUACUCUGCGCUAUGCUCUGGCCGUUGCUCGAGGUCCUCGUUACGUUGUUUUUGACGUGGGAGGCGUCAUCACCACCACGUCUCGCAUGGUUGUUAGCGACCAAUAUGUAACAGUCGCCGGCCAGACGGCUCCUGGGAAGGGUAUCAUCGUUCAGGGGCACCCACUGGGCCUGUCUGGUGCCAUUGAUACCAUCUUCCGCCACAUCAAGGUGCGGCCCGGCACGGUCUCUGGCGAGACAGUCGACGCUAUGGGCAUGGCGGGCUCCAACCACUGCAUCCUGGAUCGCUGCUCCAUGGGAUGGGGUAUUGAUGAGAACUUUUCUUCUCGCAACGCGGCCAACAUCACCUUCCAGCGCAGCAUGAUCUCCGAACCUCUGAAUGUCGCCGGCCAUAAGAACUAUCCGCCCGGCCGGGAGCACGGAUUCGCUGCGACGGUCAGCGGCAACGUCGGCUCUUUGCACCACAACCUCAUUGCGCACGCCGAGGGCCGCAGCUGGAGCAUGGGCGGUGGUUUGGAUGACGAGGGCAAAUUUGGAGGGCGUCUAGAUAUUCGUAACAAUGUCGUGUAUAAUUUUGGUCGCCGUGUCACAGAUGGCGGUGCGCACGAGGUCAACUUUGUCGGAAAUGUCUACAAGCAGGGCCCUGCCAGCAAUCUCACUUAUGCUCUGCGUGCCCAGUACGAGAACCAGCUGCCCGGCCAGCAACAAUACUACUGCGAGGGUAACUCCAUGCCUGGCGUCUUCGACCAAGACUCGGUGCAAUACGCAUCUCCCGAUGGAACGGGCUCCAACAAGAACGUCGCCUGCUGGGCCGAUGUGACAAUCAGCCCGGCCCCCUCUUACCGCAAGUUCUAUGAUCAGCCAUUCUUUCCCUCGUAUGUCGAAACACAGCCAUCGACCGAGGCCUAUAAGCGUGUCCUCUCUGACGCUGGAGUCAGCCAGCCGGUCGUUGACAGUCACGACUCUCGCAUCUUCAACGAGACGCUCACGGGCACCUACACGUACAAGGGCUCCAAGUCCGGCAAGCUCGGUCUCAUUGACAACCCAGCGGACGUAGGUGGUCUCGAGGAUUUCCCCGCCGUCACGCGCGAGGCUUCCUGGGAUGCCGACGGCGACGGUAUCGCCGACUGGUGGGACGGUUCCACCGGUGGUGCUGGCUAUGAGCCUAUCGAGGGGUACCUCAACUUCAUGGCGGAUCCCCACACGUACGUUGCACCGGGCAAGUCUGUGAUUAUCGACCUGAAGGAUCUUUUCCGGGGGUUCGAGAAAAAGCCCACAUUUACUGCGGCGGGGGCAGAAAAGGGAAGCGUGGGAGUAGAAGGGUCGUGGGCCACAUACACCGCUGGUGAUGAGGCUGGUAUCGACUACAUCGAGCUGACGGUCAAGGAUAGCGAGGGAAGCAGCUGGACGAGGACGUUUGGUGUGGCCGUCUUUGAAGGGGCACCGGCUUCUGGACCUCCCAAGUGCCGCAGGGCAAUGCAAGUCUGA